CACUUUGUUGACCUGGAUGCGACCUUCCUCGACGUCAUCGGAGGAGAGACAGAUGAGCACAGUAUCACGUCGCUUCUUUCCGCUGGAGCAUUCAACUAUAAGAUCGCCAUGGACGAAGCCCGGAAACCGGCUUACCGAACGAUAACUGUGUCCCCACGGAAGAGACCAAGCACCUCCAUGGUAGCGGGGUUGAGAGUAGCAACUUGCGAUAGAUGAGCACAAGCAGUUCAUGAGACGCUUGAGCCGGGUGACGUACCGGAGUUGUCGUCGGUUGCCGCUUCAUCGACUAGGAGUCGAUUGGGCCUUCAAGUACGUUAGCCGCCUGGCCGCAUAUACCCCAACGCAUGAGAUACUUACGAUUUCUUCGGCCGCAAGAUAGCAGUAGAGACAUCGUCGGGACCAGGUUGAGCGGGGGCACCACUAGGAUCAGCC